AUUAGCUUGUAAUCGUGCACAGAGUGCGCAGUGCCCAUCACUCCGCAGUCGAGCACGCGGCGCCAUACGGUGGCAUUUGUCCAGAAAUGUGACCACUUGGUGCACUCUGCGGCCGGCCGGCAGACAGGCAGGGUCCGCGGGCGAUCCUCGGCCCGUAUUUGCGCGGUGGACACUGAGCAGUGAGCAGGGCCUGGCUGGUAGCGGCCGGUUUGCGUCACUUCCCGUCAGAGUUGGGGGCCUGUCGGUGGUGGUGGGGAGUUGGACGGUGCUCCGCUGAGGAAAGUCAGUCGUGCGAGAGAAGAGAACGCAAGGAGAGCAGUGAGUGGGUGAGAGGACGGAGACUUUGAGGAAGCUGGGAUAUCUUUGGAAGAUUAUCUUCGCCCCUCGGACACGGAACGGAAUUGUCGGAAUGGAUCACCAACUGGUGCUGGUGGUGCUGGUGACCACGCUCUGCCGAAUCACCAAUGCCUUCACCACUGCUGAAGUCCCCACGCCCAGGUUCACCUACGAGCCGGACACCAUUCACGUUGAGAUACCCAAGUUGCCGGGAAUGUCGCUGGCAGCCAUCCAUCUGACGUUAAAUGAGCCUGUGCACGGCACACAGCCGGGAAAAAUCAACAAGGACUUGGCUUUAGUGGGCGAUACCUUCAAAACUACCGUCCACCUUCCGUGGCAGACCAAUGACGUCAUCUUCUACUGGGUAUACGUCAUCGUGGACGGCCUGGGCUACCAGCGGCUGGGGCAGCGACACGUGAUCCGUGCCACUAACGCCGGCCCGCCGCCGCGUGGGCCCUUCCAGGUUCCGUCGCCUAUGUUCCACCUGACGCCGCAUGUCAUCACCGUCACUGUCCCCGCUCUGCCCGGUAUCUCGCUAGUCGCCAUCCACCUCAGCCUCAACGAGCCGGUGCCGGGCACUCGGCCGGGCCGCUAUAACCAGGACCUGGAGCGCAGCGGGGACGUCUUCACCACAAUGGUGGUGGCCGACUGGAAGGCCGGGGACACCAUCCACUACUGGCUCUAUGUGGUCUACGAGGGCCUCGGCAGGCACCGGCUGGCGCAGCAGUUUGUCAUUGAUGCAGACGCUGCAGGCGGCACACCGAGUCGUCCCGGCGUGCCCGCGACCCCGCCGCCGGCCGUCUCCUCUCAGCUGCCGGAGCAGUGCGGCUCCAGGUUCUUUGAUCAGUUCGGCGACUUUUCGCUGCGGGUCUCUGGCGGCACGCCGGUGUCUACCUUCGACUACCCCUGGCAGGCGCAGAUCCAAACGACGAGAUCGACCCACGUGUGCGGUGGUAUUAUCAUCAGCGAUCGCCACAUCCUGACGGCGGCACACUGCCUCAGCGGCCAUCUCACCCGGGAUCUGCAGGUGGUGGUCGGGCAAAACGACCUGACCAAAAAGGACGAGGAGGAAGAGGUGUUCGCCGUCAAGCAAUCCUUUUCUCACGUCGGCUUCGGGGAAGAGGGCGCCGGUCGCUACUCAAACGACAUCGCCGUGCUGCUACUCCGCACGGGCCGGCGCGGCCCCAUCGUGUUCGGUGACCACGUGCGACCGGCCUGUCUGCCGCCUCCGAACGACAUCAGUGCCGAGUUCACUGCCUGUCUCGUGUCCGGAUGGGGCGCCACCGACACUGAGCGUCGUCCGAACGUGCUGCACGGCACGGAGGUACCGUACGUCUCCUCCGACUUUUGUUCGUCGCCGGAGGUGUGGGGCGCCCUGUUCAACGGCACUGGCCAGCUGUGCGCCGGUGACACGGCCGGCGGACGGGACUCGUGCGGCGGCGACUCGGGCGGUCCGCUCGCCUGCCGGGACGCCAGUGGCCGGUGGCUGGCGGCCGGUAUCGUCUCCUGGGGCUCCGACGACUGCGGUCAAACGGUCCGGGUUGGCGUCUACACCCGCGUCUCCGCUUAUGUGCCGUGGAUCGUAUACGUAAUUGACAACGUGUUCGAAUUCAGCUCCGGCUAAAGUACAACUGCCCCAAUGACGUCACUGGUGGAAUACAGCGGCUAAGUGUGGUUGACGUCAUUGGAGGAACUCAGCCACAGCGUUCUACUGAGACUUACCGAGCCUUUGUUAUCCGGGAGCUUGUUCUUUCGAGUGGCUUAGAGCUGCCUGUGGGUAGUUUUUUUUUUUAACGAGAACUGUCUGCAAAAUGUGCUCAGUAGGUGGGAUAUUACGAGAACGGGACAGACGUAAUCUUUGAUAUUUUUGUGGGAUUUUCGUGUCUUAUUGUAAUCCAUCUCGUACUCCAUAACCUACUCUAUAUGCCACUGUAAGAGUCAUUAUGCGAACGUGAACGGACUAUGGACACUGACAGUACUUCGUGACUGAUGUCGCACCGUUUGGGAAUCUGGCGUCUCCACCUUGAGGGCGUGGUGUUUUAAAAGAGGUGUGAAAAUAUAUUCAGUACCGCACCA